CCUUCGUUUAACUUCGCAGUUUUAGAAUGUUAGGUUAGUGAAAAUGGCUUCAGUUUUUAGCGGAGCUCUGCAACUUACGGAUUUAAACGACUUUAUUACACCAUCACAGGAGUGUAUUAAGCCUGUAAAAAUUGAAAGAAAGCCUGGAAAGGUUGGGAAAAUCAGAAUUGAAGAUGAUGGAUCCUAUACAGAGAUUUCACAGGAUGGUGCAGAGGUUCCCUUAGAGAAAGCAAAAAUUACUUUAAAUGACUGUCUUGCGUGUAGUGGUUGCAUCACAUCAGCUGAAAGUAUUCUGAUUACACAACAGAGUCAGGAUGAACUUUACAGAGUUCUGAAUGAAAAUGCCAUUCAUGAAAAGGCUGGUGAAAGUGACAAGCAGAAGGUUGUAGUGGUCUCUGUUUCCCCACAAGCCAGAGCAUCAUUAGCUGCCAAGUUCAAGUUGUCUGCAGAAUCAACUGCUAGAAAACUUACUUCCUUCUUUAGGCGCCUUGGGGUUCACUAUGUGUUUGAUACAACAUUUGCACGAAACUUCAGCCUUAUUGAAAGCUGUCACGAGUUUAUCAGGAGAUUUAAAGCCUCAGAAACAGACAAGACAGCUCUUCCUAUGUUAACUUCAGCUUGCCCUGGCUGGAUUUGCUAUGCGGAAAAAACACAUGGUUCAUACAUCCUCCCUUACAUCAGCACAACAAAAUCUCCCCAGCAGGUAAUGGGCUCUUUGGUUAAAGACUACCUGGCGCAGCAAAUAAACAGAACUCCUGAGGGUAUUUUUCAUGUUACUGUCAUGCCAUGUUUUGACAAAAAACUAGAAGCAUCUAGGGCAGACUUCUUUAAUGAAGUUUACCAAACAAGAGAUGUUGAUUGUGUGAUUACUUCAGGUGAAGUUGAAAAGAUGUUGGACAAAGAGGGAACAUCAUUAGUAGACAUAGAGGAACAAGCAAUUCAAACCAUAUUACCAUGCCUGGAUGAAGCAGAGCUGUUGUACAACCAUCAAGGUGGUGGCUCUGGUGGAUACCUGGAACAAGUUGCCAGACAUGCUGUGACGGUCUUGCUGGAGACAGACAUACAUCAACUUUCUUACAAAACAUUGAGGAAUCAAGAUUUUCAAGAAGUGACAGUUGAAGCUGAGGGCAAACCUCCGCUCAAGUUUGCUUUGGCUUAUGGCUUCAGGAACAUUCAAAACAUUGUCCAAAGAGUGAAAAGGGGAAAGUGCCAGUACCACUUUGUGGAGAUCAUGGCAUGCCCAUCUGCUUGUAACAACGGUGGGGGUCAAAUUAGGACAGAUGGGGAUGAAAGUCAGAAAGAGAGACUUGCGACAGUUGAUGAAGUUUACAAGAGUGUAAAAGCUGUAGACCCAUUUCAAGAGAGGCAAGUGGAAACACUGUAUGAACAAUGGCUGGGUGGGAAAGACUCAACUAAAGCUGCACAGAUGCUGCAUACCUCAUACCAUGAAAUAGCAAAACCAACAAAUGCUUUGAACAUAAAAUGGUGAAUCUUGUGAUAUAAAAUAAAAAUAAUUUUAAUGUUAACUUAA